AUGGUGACGCGAAAUCUAUCUGGAAACCAUGCUUUUCAACUAUUGGCUACGUUUUUAUCGUUGGUUUCCUUGCUUUCGGUUCUAGCGUGGGUGAUCAAGACAGAUCAAAAGCCUACCGAAGAAGAGGUAAAAGAAAAUAAGCUUUAAAUACGCCGACUCAUAAGUAACUUAUAGCACGUUAAAAAACGCUAAGUUUCCAGAAUCAUUCCAAGUUGGUUACCACCGUUCCAGCUUGUGAUCGGUUCCACCAAGUUGUUUUUUUUUUAACCCAGAAUGAGUCAAAGGAAGCAAUUAUUCUUUUUAUUCUUAUGAUCAAAAUCCCGAACGAUAUAGACUGAUCUUGAGGUUCUUAAGCCAUUUUUCCUUACCCCAAAUGAAAAAUUUAAACUUUAGGUAUAUUUUCGUGGCGUCAAAUGGUGUACAUACGUCGUGUUUCCAAUGUAAAUGCGGGCACAAUUCACUCACUUAAAACAAUUAAAAUCCGUGUGAGGCAUUUCUUAUUAAAUCGUUUUUCUUAUAAAGAAAAACCUUUGGCUUAAUCUUUUCACUUCAAGUUUCCGAGUGUUGAUUUAAGUUUUUUUUUUCUUUUGCUCAAUAGUCAAAGUCAAGGUGUGUUUUACUUCUCGCUUGGGUACCGGUGUUGUCAUUAUAUUUUUGUUUACUCGCUGGUGCAGAAGGUUUGUUCAUAUGCCGAGUAAUAUGAAAAUUUUUUUCAAUUUCAAUUUCAACGAGAACAGUAUUAUCCAUGGCAAAAUACAUGCAAAGGUCCCCUUUUCAUUCUGACAAUUAUUUGUGAAUUUCAGGUUCUAAUGAACUUAGUUAAUUUAAUUCGUUUGUCUCUACAUCAACAACAACAAAAAAAAUAAAACCACUCUUUGCACGUGACGGAGUACGGUCAACUCACGCCUUGCAGACACCCCGCUAUAACGGAUACCCCGACAAUACGGACAGCAGCUAAAUCCCCUGCAAAAACAAAGUACAGACAUUUGACUGAGAUAAACUCUCGCUACUACGGACUCUCGCUAAUGAGGACACUAAUUUGAGGUCGCUACAAUGUCCGCAAUAAAGGGAGUUGACUGCUGUAGCUAUUCUCGGUUUUCACUGUCACGCAAUCGAAAAUAAAAUUGCAAACCAUUCAGUACAGAAAGUCCAGAAUCUAGGAAAUAAAAGAAGAUAAAUAUGCAAAAGGCCUCGCCAAGAAUCAGGUCUGUGCGGUUUUUCAUAUGCGAGAUAUUCGGGAAAACAUUUUACCUAAAUUUGUAAAGCUUUGUAUGGAGACGCCAUGUUUGUGUCCCGUUGAGGGCACAAAUAUGGCCGCCGGAAACCAACAGAAACAUCUGUCUUUGAGUUUUCCUACUAAUGCGUGAAAUCAUUGCUUGAAAAACUCAUAAAGGAUUAAAGUGAUAUUUAUUCUGAGACAAGGAAUGUUUAGAUAGCAAAGUCUCCCAAAAUUGGUAAUGUUUUUAACCCACAUAAGAGCCUUCCCGACCGCCAGCCAAAUGCCGCGUCACGCAAAAGCCUACAAAUUCAAACGUCCCCUAUCGCAAAACGAAGAACCCUUUGGAACUAAAACUUUGUUUAAAUAACAGUUUAUAGUGCUGUAAUACCUCAUGAAACUCAGAAACUCAGAAGAAUCGAUAGUUUCGUAGUUUGAAUUUUGGUGACGUCAUGUGAAAACCGAGAAUAGGGAUCGCUGGAAAAUCAAAGUUAUGUAUGUAUCGUACAUACUAUCCUAUUCGCCUGGGUAAAAGAUUUCCAUGUUUUCUCGAAAAACGCCGGGAGUAAAAAGGGAAGGCUCCAAAUAAGCUCUUCAGGAAUUUAUAAUGGCUUAACAUUAGACCAUAGGCUAUAAGGUUUACAGUACUCUAAUUUCCCCUAUAAGAUCGUCGUGAUCGAGCGCUUUGAAUAACAGGCCGCCAUCUUGGUUUCAAAUAUAUAAACGCCAGAAACGCUCCACUUUGACAAUCAGUUAUGGAUAAAUAGGGGACUGUAAAAUGAAAGGUCUAGUUAUAAAGACAAGAUAAACGGCUGCCAAGGACGGUGUUUAUAAAGCCUUGCCUAAGUAAACACCGUAACUAAAUAAGCGGUGGUUUCAACAAAGCUGGGAACCACAAAGCUAAUUAAGUUGAAAAAAGACGCCUUGGAUGUCGAAUUGAGAAAAUAUAGUUUGAAUCUUUAAAGUUUCGUUGUCUCGACUGUGACUACCGUAAACUACCGCUCAUAAGCCUUCCCACUCUGUUUUCACAUUUUUGUCUCUUUCAUAUCUGUAAAUGCAACUGUCAGCCCUUUUUGGUCCUUUUACAGACCGAAAUGACAGAUUUUCAUACUCUUUCAUAUACCUGAAAGCAGAAGAAGUGCCCCUUUUGGGUGUCAAUCUGUUUUACCAGUCACAUUGGUAAAUUGUUUCGCUCCCCAACAGACGGAGCACUUUUGAAAUACAGUAAUUUUUUUGAAACUAAACCCUUCAUUUAUUAUUGUUUCUGCAGCUUCAAAAUGAAUCGGAAGUAUCGAUGAGAGUCAAGCAGAGGAAAGCAACGGAAAAUAUUAAGGAAUAUUGCGCAAAGUAUGGAACAGAUCCCCAAAGCGUCGACGUUGAUCCGGACUUGGAUAACUUAUUCGUUGUGGAGAAGUACAAAAUUGUCUAUUGCUCUGUCCCAAAGGUUGCAUGCACAGUCUGGAAGGGAAUAAUGGCAAAACUAGAAGGUCUUAACAUUUCAAAUGGGAUUCACAAGAACACUAAAGGAAAACUCAAAAUUCUUAACGAUUAUUCUUUGGGGAAACGCGAGACAAUUCUAAAGACAUAUAGGAAAUUCUUGUUUGUAAGGGAACCGUUUGAACGUCUACUUUCUGCCUAUAGAGAUUGCUUCUGGGGGAAAUUCAAGGCGAAACAAGAUUACUGGAAAGAUUACCAGGAAAAAAUAAAACAGGUUCUGAUGAGUCGAAGUAGUCUUCCUAACGAAACAUACUCUGAAAAAGUAACGUUUGAACAAUUUGCAACCUAUUUGGUUCUUCGACGGAGAGAAGGUGGUUUGUUUCAAGAACACUGGCGAGAACAGUAUAAAUUAUGCCAUCCUUGUAGCAUACAAUUCGAUUACAUCGGACAUUAUGAAACACUGGCUGAAGAUGCCAUGUUUAUUCUAAGAAAAACAAACUUGGAAAACAAGGUAAAAUUUCCGGAAUGGCAACCAACAGACACUAGCGAGUUGAUGCAGAAGUACUAUUCCACGCUUUCUCUACUCAGGAUAAGGCAACUACAGAGUAUUUAUAACAGAGAUUUCGAGUUGUUUGGUUAUAGCUAUCCAGGACCGCUUAAAGCGGCAGUUGACAAUUUGAUCAAUGAUAAGUUGUAA